AUGUUGGUCCAAGUUUGUGGUUUGGUAACCAGCAAUCUCUGUGUCAAAAGUCCUUUUGCCCAGUAUCACAUUGUGAAGCCUAAAAAUAACCUGGCCUCUAUAUUUACACUGUUGGAUAAGCAAGGAAAAAUCGUAUCAGCAAACCACAAUGUUAUCAGAUUCUGCCUGAUCAAAGAGAGGAAAGAACAAGCAUCAGCCAUUGAUGAAAUACACAGCAAUGCCUCACCCACCUUAAACCUCGGGAAAAAGGUCAGCACGCCCAGAGAUAUCAUGGUAGAGGAACUCUCAACACUCAGCAACAGAGGGGCCAGACUCUUCAAGAGACGCCAGCGGAGAUCUGAUAAAUACACAUAUGAAAAUUAUCAUUACGUAGCAAACAAGCCAAGAAAUCGUGGGGAGCCCAUCCCGAGCGUGAGAAUGGACAGCCUCAGUGUGGAAGGAAUUCCCCAGCACGCCCCAAUGACACCUCCCAACACCCCCGAUCCCCGGAGCCCACCACACCCUGACAACAUUGCCCCAGGAUAUUCUGGACCACUGAAAGAAAUUCCUCCUGAGAAGUUCAACACUACUGCUGUGCCCAAGUACUAUCAGUCUCCCUGGAUAGAAGCCAUUAGAGAUGAUCCAGAGCUGCUGGAAGCUUUAUAUCCUAAACUUUUUACACCGGAAGCAAAGCCAGAACUGCCUGACUACAGGAGCUUUAACAGAGUUGCCACUCCCUUUGGUGGUUUUGAGAGAGCAUCCAAGCUGGUUAAAUUCAAGGUACCAGAUUAUAACCUACUGAUGCUAAACGACCCCAGAUUCAUGAUCCUUGCAAACCCUCUCGCUGCCAGAAGGUCCUUCAACAGGACUCCCAAAGGAUGGACGUGAAACAUCCCUGUCGUGUUCAUCCAGCCCGCGGAGUCCAACCCCGUUCCAGAAACAGAGGACCUGUGAGAGAGCCUGCAUUCUACACCCUACAAAAUGCUGGAAGCUGCACAUCCAUGUAUUUUUGGUCCAAAUAUUACUGAAGGCUACUGACAAAUUUUUUCCCUUGGCAGCUGGAGCAUAAGCAAUAAUGUCUGAUGCAGUGUCUUUUUCUGGCACCGAGUUUCAGCUGUAAACACGAUAUAAAUAAAGUCAUUUGGAAAAUAUGACA